CAAAUUCAAAUUAAUAUAAAAAUAAACUAAAAUAAGUGAAAAAAUUGAAGCAAAAGCCCUAAGUUCCCAAAUUUCUUUCACGUGACUGUGGGUGGCAUCGCCAUCAUCCUCUCGCCGCGUUCAUCGACCACCGUCACUCUCUGGUGAAGACUGUCUAUCGGUUUAUUCAUUGAUCAAAAUAGUCUUUGUAUGAAUGGCUAUGUCGUUAUUAAGAGGUCGCGCCGCAUCGUCGGUGCUCAAUUUGUUCACUAAUGCCAUUCGCCGUUACUCUUCCGCCGCCGAGAUUGCGAAUGCGAUUCCUCAAGAGGCACGUGAGAGGAUGAUGUAUUCUGACAUUAACUCUCAGAUUGGGAGUUGUAUGCCUCUCUCAGCAAUGCGAAUUGGAACAAUCAUUCAUAACAUUGAACUGAACCCCGGGCAAGGUGGAAAGCUUGUUCGAGCGGCUGGAACCAAUGCAAAGAUCUUGAAAGAGCCAACAUCAACAUACUGUUUAGUUCAACUCCCAUCUGGUGUUAAAAAAUUGAUUGAUUCUCGAUGCAGGGCUACUGUAGGUACUGUUUCUAAUCCAACUCACGCCGAUCGCAAGCUUAGGAAGGCUGGUCAUAGUAGAUGGCUCGGUCGGAGACCCGUUGUUCGUGGAGUGGCUAUGAAUCCUGUUGAUCAUCCUCAUGGUGGUGGUGAGGGUAAGAGUAAGAGUAGUGGUGCUUGGGGGAAAGGAGCUCGUACUCCUUGGGGUAAGCCAACUAAGGGUGGCUUCAAGACUGGACCUCUAAAGCGCAGAAAGUAGGUAGGUAGGUAUUUACUAGUAUUCAACAUUCUCUGCAAUACUAAUCUUUUUUAUGUUGAUCCUUCCUUUGAGAUUUUUGUAAUAAUUGUAGAAACUUUGGAAAAUUAUAUUAUUCUAGUUCUACUAAUGGAAUUGAUUUGGUUUGGCCUAUUUGUGGAUUA